AUGGCCAAAGGAGCACAUGGAUAUUCCGGAACAAUUUUGGGGGAGAAGGACGUCCGAGGGAUCUAUGCAAGGCUCUUGAUUAACAGCAUCACCCUCGUUAACUCUACUUUCGACCCAAUUGGUAUCGCUUUUGACCCCUUAGCAAGUCUGAUGAAUCAUUCGUGCGAUCCAAACUCUGUGAUGGUAUUCGAUGGCCGCACCAUUUCCGUCAGGGCACUGCGGGAAAUCGCAAAGGAUGAAGAAAUAACAAUCUCUUACAUCGAUAACACCAAUCCGACUUCUCGUCGCCGUUCAGAGCUCCAGGAACGAUAUUUUUUUACAUGCUCAUGUCAGAAAUGUGUGUCACCCGCAACCGUCAGCGAAUUGAAAGAGGUCUUUAUCGAUAUCCCAGGUGUUCCCACCUCUAAUCUCGAAGAUGAUGCCUGGGCGGCGAUUUCUACACCUUCGGAGGAUGUUUUGUUAAAAGCCAUAAAAACCCUCCAUACGACGAAAUUAUGGCCUCUACAACGACAGCCACUGCCACUGCUGCAUCAUGAGCUCAUACACAGCGUCUACAUCCCUUUAUCGAAAUGGCCCCAAGCGCUGCUUCACUCGCUGCUGCUAUAUUUAUAUGUCGACCCUGUGCACUAUCCCCAAAGACAUCAUCCAGUGAGAGUAACGCAUGCGUUCACGCUUGUUAGUUUAUUUCUUCAAGUUUCCGGAGGCUUGGACUCGUUAGAAAGGGUAGCACCAAAAGCCAAAGGAAUGGAUUUGGAUUUAGGAAAGAUCAUAUGGGGUUUGCUAUGCGAGAUAGUCGCGCACGUAGCGUUAUCACAUGGUACUGAAAGUACAUUUGCUCAAACUGUAAGGAGAAAGAAACAGGAGGUGGGUGAAGAUUUGGGUGCUAAUGAGACUACUGGGCUAUGGGUGGGGAAAAGAAUAAAUGAUGUUGGGUUAGAGGAAGAAUUGGUGAAGGUUAGGGUACUCGUUGGUGGGUUGUUGGAAGAAAUGAAGAACUAA